AUGGAGAGGGAGGUCAUAUUUCGCCCAAAGUGGCACAGUGCGUUUUGGUUUUUGAUUUUGAUGAUGCUCUGUUUCUUUCAUGCUGCCAAAGCAGAGAUAACUUGCAGGUCGUGCCAGCCUGGGAAUAAGUGGCGUGCACGGGAAUUACUGCUGAAAUACGACAUAAGUGAGUCCACAACUGGAUUAAAGAGAGAAGUUUUUGGACCCGUAGACGGGGCAGUGAGAUCCGGGGCUGCAAGUGCUGAAAGUCGGCAUCUCCGUUGCACAGCAGGUUCCGCCGAAUGCGCUCCGGAGAAUCGGGCGGAACACGCGCAGCUGAGGCUGCAACGGAGUACAGACAACCGGCCCGCGGAAGGCGACACCGGCGAGAGCGAGUUAGCAAAGAUGAAAGUUUCCAAUGUCGCAACGAGCGGCGAGCAGAAGAGCCGCACCGGGGCCGCCCGCCACAGAAAGCGCGCUAGAAGGACCAGUGAGAACAGUGAUGAUGAUGAUGAUGAUGAUGAUGAUGAUGAUGAUGAUGAUGAUGAUGAUGAUGACGAUAAGAGCAGACCCGCCGGUUCAGUCCAGAGUCAAGAUCCGGGAGAGGACACGCGCUCGGCGGCCGGACGCAGAGUGACCCGCUCUGAAUUGCGCUGGAGCGGAGCGGAGCGGAGAGCCGCCGGUCCAAAGCAGGAGGAGCUAAAACUCAACAGUUCAACGUUCGCCUUGACCGGGGACUCAUCUCACAACCAGGCCAUGGUGCACUGGUCCGGCCAGAACAGCAGCGUGAUUUUGAUGCUGACCAAACUCUUUGACUUCAACCUCAACAGUGUGACUGAGAGUUCAUUAUGGAGGUCAACUGACUACGGAGCAACGUACCAGAAGCUGAAUGACAAAGUGGGAUUGAAGACAAUACUCAGUUAUUUGUACGUGAGCCCCAACAACAAGAGAAAGAUCAUGCUGCUGACGGAUCCGGAGGUGGAGAGCAGUCUCCUGAUCAGCACCGAUGAAGGGGCCACCUACCAGAAGUACCGGCUGAGCUUCUACAUCCUCAGCCUGCUCUUCCACCCCGAACAGGAAGACUGGAUUUUGGCCUACAGCCACGACCAAAAGCUCUACAGCUCGGUGGAGUUCGGGAGAAGGUGGCAAGUGGUGCACGAGAGAGUGGCCCCCAACCGGUUCUACUGGUCAAAGAUGGGUUUGGACAAAGAGCCGGGCUUAAUUCACCUGGAAACCAGCAUCUCUGAAGGACAGGCGCUGUAUGUCACCUGCAAGCUGCAGAACUGCACCGAUGCCAACAAGGGCAAACCAUUCCCCGGCUACAUUGACCCCAAUUCUCUGGUGGUGCAAGAUGAGUAUGUCUUUGUCCAGGUGUCAGCCGGAGGGAGGCCGAUCUACUAUGUGUCUGCUAAAAGGGACGUCUUUACACCAAUGAAGCUGCCCAAGUACACACUGCCCAAGGAUCUGCAUGUGAUCAGUACGGAUGAGAACCGAGUGGUUGCCGCGGUGCAGGAGUGGAACCAGAACCAAACCUACAACCUGUACGUGUCGGACACGUCGGGGGUCUACUACACCCUGGCUCUGGAGAAUGUGGUCAGCAGCAUGGGCCACGAGGGCAACGUCAUGGUCGACCUUUACGAGGUAGCGGGAAUAAAGGGGAUGUUCCUAGCCAACAAAAUGAUGGAUAACCAAGUGAAGACCCACAUCACCUACAACAGAGGCAGAGACUGGAGUUUACUGCAGGCGCCGAGCAAGGACCUGAGGGGCAACGGCAUCCACUGUGUGCUCCCGUACUGUUCAUUACAUCUCCAUCUCCACGUGUCUGCGAAUCCCUACACAUCUGGAAACAUAGCCAGCAGGGACACGGCGCCGGGGAUCAUUGUAGCAUCAGGCUCCAUCGGCUCCGAGCUGACCACCAGCAACGUCAGUGUGUUCGUCGCCUCGGACGCAGGAAACACAUGGAGACAGAUCUUUGACGAGGAGUAUGCGCUGCUGUAUCUCGACCAAGGAGGAGCCUUAGUCGCAAUAAGACACACUCCGCUUCCCAUCCGACACCUGUGGUUGAGCUUCGAUGAAGGUCGCCAGUGGAACAAGUACAGCUUCACCAACACGCCUCUGUUCGUGGACGGGGUGCUGGGAGAGCCCGGGGAGGAGACUCUCAUCAUGACGAUAUUCGGCCACGUCAGUCAUCGCUCGGAGUGGCAGCUGGUGAAAAUAGACUUCAGGUCCAUUUUCAACAGGAGAUGUACAGAGGCGGAUUAUCAGACGUGGCACCUACACAACCAGGGCGAGCCGUGCCUCAUGGGGGUGAAAAGAAUCUACCAGAAGCUGAAGCCCACGUCCAGGUGCGUUAUGGGAAAGACGUACUUUGUGUCGAUGACGUCGGGCUCCUGUGAUUGUACAGAGGCGGACUUUGAAUGUGAUUAUGGCUACGAGAGACGGACCAACGGCAAGUGCACCCCCGCCUUUUGGUUCCAUCCAUCAACGAUGUCCAGGAGUUGCACCACAGGGAUGACUUUCCUCAACAGCACCGGCUACAGGAAGGUAGUCUCCAAUAACUGUACAGCUGGAGUCAGUGUGGACUACACAGCCAGGAGACAUCAGUGUCCCAUCCAAGCACCCAAAGGUCUCCACCUGGUCACCAGUGAGGGGACGCUGACAGCCACACUGGGCACCAAUGUCACCUUCCUGGUCUUUCUGGAGGAGGGCGACGGGGCGAAGACGAGCAUCACGCUGGACUUCGGAGACGGCCACGCUCUGACGUACUCCAACGUGAGCUCCAUUGAGGACGGGACCAAACACAUCUACAAAGCUGUGGGAAUCUACCGGGUGACUGCCACCGGGCAGAACAGCCUGGGCUCAGAGACCGUCAUGCUCUACCUGCACGUCACAUGUCAGCUGGAGUACAUCCAUCUCUCGGCUCCCUUUGUGGCGGUGAGGAAUAAGGAAGUGAACCUGACUGCUGUUCUGUGGCCCAGCCAAGUGGGGACGGUCACCUACAUCUGGUGGAUCGGAAAUAACACAGAGCCAGUAAUCACCCUGGAGGGUAGCGUGGCGUGCACGUUCUCCCGGGAAGGCAUCAGCACAGUCACCGUGCAGGUGUCUGCGGGGAAUACGAUUCUGCAGGACCGAAAAAGCAUCGCUGUCCACGAAUAUUUCCGCUCUCAUCUGCUUGCCUUUUCAUCAAACCUGGACGACCACAACCCUGAUGUCGCAGAAUGGCGGCUGGAUGUGAGCCGAGUCAUCAGGAACUCUCUGAUCCAGGCCACCGGCGUCGGAGAGGACCAGCUUCUGGUCACCGUCCUGCCGGGUUUACCCACAGCAGCCGAGUUCUUCCUUCUCCCUGACAAACUGUUAACUGAGGGCAAAGCAGAGAAGAGCUCUGCUCAUUUAGACCAGCUCUCUGAGGUUCUGCUCGGCGCCUUGAAUCAGAACCUCGUCCAGUUUACGUUGCGGCCAGGGGUCCAAGUCACGGUGUACGCGGCACACCUUUCAGCAGCGCCUCUAGUGGACACCAGCAAGAACCACAGUGGCUCUGCCAUGCUAAUGCUGUUAUCAGUGGUGGUUAUGGGUUUAGCUGUAUUUGUCAUCUACAAAUUCAAGAGGAAGAUCCCAGGCCUCAACGUCUAUGCGCAGAUGCAGAACGAAAAAGAACAAGAAAUGAUGAGUCCAGCUAAUCCAACAGAGGGCACAGCCGGCUCACAGCGGGACUCGGUGCAUUCUUUGGAGAUUCUGGACACGGAGUUGAACUCACGGCCCAUAGGAUGUAUGAAACCUCAUGUACAUGUGACAUUCUCCACAGAACUCCCCACGUACAUCGUCUGA